AUGGCUUCUUCUAGGGUGUCGUGCUUCGCCGUGUUGCUGCUGGCGGCAGUCUUUGCCAUCUUUCUUUCACCUUCCGAGGCUGCGCGGAACCGCCCGUACUGCCGCUUCGACGGGAAGCUGGUGGUGAGCAACCUCAUGAAGGAGCUCACGGCGGCCGGGAACUACUCCACGCUGAUUUCCGCUCUCAAGACGACAGACCUAGACGAGGACCUUGCGGAUCUCUUCAGCUGCUACGAGGCGACGCUCUUUGCCCCCACCGACGCGGCGUUUGAAGAGCUCUCGAACGACACGAAGAAGGCGAUCAAAGACGACAAGGUGCUUCGCGAGGUGCUGCUGCUGCACGUGGUGCAGAAGAAACUUACUGCUGCUGCGCUCAUGGCGCUGCCCCAGGGAAAGCAGCUCAAGGCUGCAGCGGGCGGGUGCAAGGCUCGUCUGGUGAAGGUGUCACCUCGCGGCGUCCAGCCACUCGAGGUGCAGGCCAAGGACGGCCCGCAGGAAGCUUCUGUGGUGGCUGCUGACGCCAUCUCAAUCCGAGUGGUGCAGGUGCAUGGGGUGGAUGACGUCAUCCUGCCCAAGACCCUGCAGAAGGGGGACAGUGACUCGCUCAAGCCCAGCAAGUGCGUUGCCUGGAGGGCUUAG